AUGUAUUUUCAUGCGGAUGUCAAACAAAUAGUCAGUUACUCUCAUGAGACUCACGAAAGACUCUCAAUUGAUGAGGAAGAAAAAUUCAUAGACUUCACUUCAAGUGGCGAAACCAAAAGACAAUUUAGUAAUAAAUCACUAUUGGAAUUUUGGACAGGAGUAGAGGAGGAGUUUUCUGCACUAAAAACUAAGGCAUUUCGCAUUUUAUUACUGUUUUCAACAUCCUAUCUUUGUGAAACUGGAUUUUCUGCUGUGAGUUAUUUGAAGACAAAAUAUAGAUCUCGGCUAAAUAUAGAAACAGAACUGAGAGUGGCUAUUUCUAAUGCAAAGCCUUCCUUUGAAGAAAUUUGCUCUGCAAGACUGGCCCAAGGAAGUCAUUAA